UACCAUCUGACAUAAAUUCCAAGCACUCUUGUACAAAAAUUUUGCUUAUUACCAAUGGCAGAGCUUGAGAAUCCUAAUGAGAUGCCAAAGCUUAUAGCUUUUCUCUCUUCUCUACUCAAAAGGGUAGCUGAAUCAAAUGAUAUUAACCAGCAACUCCUAGAACAGAAGAUCUCAGUUUUUCAAGGCUUGACUUGUCCCAAUAUCUCAAUUCAGAACUACCUUGAGAGAAUUUUCAAGUAUGCCAAUUGUAGUCCAUCCUGUUUCAUUGUUGCAUAUGUCUAUCUUGAUCGUUUCACUCAAAGACAACCCUCUUUGCCUAUCAACUCCUUCAAUGUUCAUCGGUUACUCAUUACAAGUGUUAUGGUAGCUGCUAAAUUCAUGGAUGACAUGUACUACAACAAUGCUUACUAUGCAAAAGUUGGAGGAAUCACGACCAUAGAGAUGAACUUUCUUGAGUUGGACUUCCUAUUUGGUUUAGGGUUCCAUUUAAAUGUAACUCCAAACACUUUCCAAGCUUAUUGUGUUCACCUACAAAGUGAAAUGAUGAUGAUACAACCUCUAAAUUUUACAGAUUCUUCCUUAGGUUUAGGAAAAUCACUAAAUACCCAUGUAUGCUUCAAUGAAGAUGAAUCUUCACAUCAAAAGCAACAACAAUUAGCUGUUUGAAAAUUUCCUUCAUUUUUUCUUGAUGCAUGCAAUCUAGUUGUAGAGGGUACGUAGUGAACCAAUUAAUGACUUGUUAAUUAAAUUAUGUUACUUGUUGUCUCCACUUGCAUCUUUUAAUCUAUUUCCUCGAUUCUAUAUUCA